CCCGCCGCGGCCUUGAGCACGCCGCUGGGCGCCCGGGAGCGCGACCUCGAGCCAGCAGGGUGGUGUGGAGGCACACCGGAGCUACCUUGCCGGAUCUUCAGCGCCAUCAGCCUCCCCCGACCCCUGUAGGCCCAGGGAUACUUCUGCCUGAGAGAGCAGUUUGGGAUAUUUUUGCCUUCAGUGGUCCCAUUUCAGACAGAACUUGGGAACCUGGCUGAUGUGCAGCACAUCAUCCUUGUCCUUUCGGGAAAGGGAGGUGUGGGGAAGAGCACCAUCUCUACCGAGCUGACCCUGGCGCUGCACCGUGAGGGCAAAAAGGUAGGAAUCCUGGACAUAGACCUGUGUGGCCCCAGCAUCCCGCGCAUGCUCCGAGCACAGGGCAGGGCCGUACACCAGUGUGACCGUGGCUGGGUGCCUGUCUUUGUGGACCGGGAGCAGAGCAUCUCCCUGAUGUCUGUGGGCUUCCUGCUGGAGAAUCCAGAUGAGGCAGUGGUGUGGAGAGGUCCCAAGAAGAAUGCGCUGAUAAAGCAGUUUGUGUCCGAUGUGGCCUGGGGGGAGCUGGACUACCUGGUGGUGGACACACCUCCAGGGACUUCUGAUGAGCACAUGGCCGUGGUGGAAGCACUUCGACCCUACAGACCCUUGGGAGCCCUUGUGGUGACAACACCACAGGCGGUGUCUGUGGGGGAUGUGAGGCGAGAGCUGACCUUCUGUAAGAAGACGGGGCUGCAAGUAGUCGGAGUUGUGGAGAACAUGAGUGGCUUUGUUUGCCCACACUGUGCGGAAUGCACCAACAUCUUCUCCAAGGGCGGUGGGGAGGAGCUAGCUCAGCUCGCCGGAGUACCCUUCUUAGGCUCUGUACCCUUAGACCCUGUGCUCACCAGAAGCUUGGAGGAGGGUCACGACCUCACCCAGGAGUUCCCCAAGAGUCCUGCAUUUCCUGCACUAACCUCCAUUGCUCAGAAAAUUCUGGACGGGUUGCCUGCCCGGCUCUCCUGACAGUCCCUCCACAAGGGGCUCUACUCACAGCCUCCAGGACUUUCCACAGCAGAGAUCCUGGUGCAUCCCGGGAUGUGUGGCACCGGUCAGGAGCUAUCACUGUGUGAGUGUCACCUGCCUGGCCCUCUUCUUGAAGGGGUUUUGUAACAAGUAAUGCAGACUGACAGUAGUUCUGGCUGGCUGGCCUGUGGCUGAAGGACAUCUCAGGCCUGGUACCAUUUUUGUUUUGUGUUUUGAGACGGCCUCGCUAGUGAUUUAGGUUGGUCUUGAACUCGCUAUAGCA